CUAUAUUUCUAACAUUAAGCCGGUCAGCCUUGCGGGUUGCGGUCUCGCCGCCGACGCCGGGCGCCGGGGAUUGCCGCCUGCCCGCCUUGCUGGAGACGGGAGACGCCAUGUCCUUGCUGCUCCUGCCCCUCUGUCGAACCUCCGCGGACCGCGCCGUUCCCUGGUUGUCGUAGGACGUCGGCAGGAGCCCCUCCGCCGUCACCCGUCAGACGCGCCACCGCGGCGCCGCCUCCCCAGGCUCCCCUGCUCUGCUCCACAGCUUCAGUGCUCCGUGGUAAGUGUCUAAGUGAUAACAGAGUUGGUAGGAUAGUUACUUUGUUGAUAAAAUUAAUUAUUUAGUAUUUUGGUUUGGUCAAAUAUUUGCUAGGCUAGUUGAUAAAAAUAAUUCAGUAGCCUCUCGAUCCUGGAUCCGCCACUGGUGUCCGUAAAGAUUGAAGCAUACUUCUGAUGGCAGUCUUUCCCUGGAUUUAGGCAGUCGUUUCCACUAGUGAUCACCAAAAGUUGUUUCAUAAUUAUACUAAUUUUUUUCCAUUGAAGAUAAAAUAUUUCAUGUAGGUUUUGUAUCGAAGUCCAGUAGUCUGAUUUAACUAGGAGAACCAUUGAUGUACUUGUACUCCAGAUCGGAGUUUGUAGCCCGCACAAGGUAGCUUUCUUUAACUGCCUCACUCUUUAGAGCCUUCGGUUCCAUGUCAGUAUGUCACCAACUCACGAUGACAAACUGGAAUUUGGAAUGACAUCUGCUUGUGUGGAAAUUUCAAAGCCGAAUAAACUAUCUCUUCAGGCUUCAUUUGUCAAAGAUUCCAAAGUAUAUUAACAUAGCCACCCUUCGUUUUCCAUUGGAAUCUUAACCUGUAAAAUUACGCCGGUGCAAAUGAUGAUGGCAUCAACACAGCCGUGACUCUCAGAUGACUAGACACAUCCGCACGCAAAGAUAGACAAACAUGUAUUGAUUAUUUGCUGCUUAGUGGUUAGAUAUUGCAACUUAAGUACUUUGGGAAUUGGGAGGCACAGAAGAGUUGACCUGGACUUUUAGGUUAUUUGCUAAUGACAUAAAAGAUUUAAUAUGUGCAAGGUUGUUCAGUUAGAGAGAUCUUUUUUUUUGGGCCAUGAAGCUGUAUAAAAUUUAGACGUCAUAUACUUGUAAUGCUUCCAGUGCUAGGAAAUUUCUUGUGGCGUAGACCUCUGAACUCUGUCCUUUUGCGUUGGCCCUAGCGGCCAAAAAGAAGAAACCUCACCUCAAUUUCCAGGAAUUUCUGAAACACUUACACAUAGUUCCACAUAUAACGUGCGAUAUCACCUGUCCAUGCUGAAGCAAGAGCAGGAAGACUCUUCCAGUAAUCAUGGGUGCAUGUGCCUCUUCAUCUCGUGGUAACACCGACUUGGUUUUCUUUUCUGCUGAUAUUACUCUCUUGGUAUGGUCACUCGCUAUACGGAUUGCACUUUCCUCCCAGGUCGACCCAACCAUGGCAAGAACCAGAAAUCAGCAAAGGUCGCGGCAAUUCCAUGUACUCCGGCAGCGCAGGUAGGUCGUGGUGCUGCCUCUUCUGAAAUGGAAGAGAAGAGCAGCUUCAUUUGGCAAAUCGAUGGCUUCUCCUCGCUUCUUGACAAGCAAGAAGGAUGGACCAACUCCGGAUAUUUUAAGAUCAAGGACCUUAAUUGGUACUUGCAGUUGAACCUGAAGGACCGGAAGAGUGGCGACGAAAGAGAAUACGUCUCUCUUAUCCUCGUGCUGUCAAAAACUUCUGGUCUGGAACCCGACACCAUUGUCGAAGCAUCGUUCAAGCUCUUGAUAUACGAUCAAGCAUACGGACGACAUAGCGAACAUGAAUUUAGCCACAGAUUCCAGACUACAGAGAGCAGCAGGAGCUCCGGGAUCUCAUGCAUGAUCCUCGUCUACACACUCAAGGAACCCUCCUCCGGUUUCAUCGUUGGUGACAGCUGUGUCUUCGGAGUGGAGCUCAUCAAGUUCACCACUGCUAAAGUCAAGGACGGUUCAGGAACGCUGCAUGUUCAGAAGAGAAUUGGCUUCUGUAGUGCCCGGGAGGCCUACACCUGGAUCAUCAAUGACUUCUUAAGCCUGAAGGGGCGGUGCUACUCACCGGAGUUUGAGAUCGGUGGACACAAAUGGUACCUGACCAUGUACCCUUCUGGCACUGGCAUCGACGGUGAUAAGGAAAUUCUCUCCCUCUACCUGCAUAUGGCCAAGCCAAACGGAGACGCUUCCCUCCAGAACUCUGGGGUGCUUGUAGAAGUCAGUCUGUCCAUCAAAGACAAGGUGACCAGCAAUCGCAAAACAAUGACAGGCCGGUGCCAGCUCCAAGCGACGGAGGGCGAAGGCUGGGGAUGGUCAAAUUUCAUGGCGACGAAGUCUGUGAAGGACUGGUACCUUGUGAAGGGCAGCUGCUUAAUCGAGGCAGAUGUUGCCAUUCUUGGAUCGUCCAAGAUGAAUUAGGGAUCAUACGACUCUCUACUUUUGUGCGUGUGCCGAGCCAAUAAUGGAAUUGUGCAGCGUUAGACCUUAUCUGUUUCAUCCCUAAAUCAUAGUGAUUAGGAAGGAUUGGAGAGGAUUGAGGAGAAUUUUGACUGUUAGGAAAUUUAAUCCCCUUAAUCCCUCCUAACACCCUUGCUUUAGGGGGUAACAAAAAGGAUUUGACUACUAUACUUUUAGGGUAUAAUAUACCAGUAACUAUUUUAUGUGAAGCAUGCACAAAAACGUAAGUGAUUUAGUGGUAUUGUGUCA